GCUCGGGAAGCUUCGGAGCUCCGCUGACUCUUCCGGGACUCCGCAGAACAGCGCGGCGCCCACCGCUCACCUGCAGCAGCCGCGACCGCUAGCAGUCUGCGCCGCCCGCCCGGCGCUCGCUCGGGAGCCCGGUAAGAAGCGCAGGGUGCGCCAGGGCGCUAGAAGGGUGUCUCACGCGGUCUGCCCGACGGUUGUACCACAGGCUCAACUUCUCCCGGACCUGCUGGGAACCUUGGAAGGAAAGGGAGGCGAGGCGGCUCGGGAGCAUUUGCAGCUGCUCGUGGAAAGUUCAGCGGGAGAAGAGGCGAGUUUGCUGGGGGGGAGAAGAGACGGGCUGGGGAAGCAGGAGCGAGACGAGCUGGGGUGUUUGGUGUCCUCCCUGUCCCCCUGCUGGUGCCUCUCCCGAGCCAGCCCCAUUCGCGUGCCCGCCCGGCUCCUGAGGCUGGUCAGCCCGAGGGGCUGAGUGGAGGCAGCGCACUCUCGGUCGCUCCCUUCGCCCGUCGGGGAGGAGAACAUGGCCACCGGGGGCUACCGGGGCAGCGGCGCCAACACGACCACCGACUUCCUGGAGGAGUGGAAAGCCAAGCGGGAGAAAAUGCGGGCCAAGCAGGCACCACCGGCCGCGGGGCUGGCGACGGCAGGGGAUGGCAAAAAUUCGGGGGGCGCCGCAGUCCCCCCCGCCGCCACCAUUUCGCCUCCCCCCGUCGAGCUCAACAAUAACAACAACAGCAGCGAGCGAAGCGGGGGCGUCAACUGCAUCCCUCUGGCCAGGUGUGGCCCCAAGGAGCCCCAGUCGCCGUCCCUGGCUGGGGCCAGGAGUGGCGGUGGCGCGGAGGCUUUGGGGGGCAAAGCGGGGGCGGCAGCGAGCCCUCCCGAGGAAGAGAAAGUGGCGGCCAAGGGCAAAGGCUCCUCCGGCCCCAGCGCCCGCAAAGGCAAAGGGCAGAUCGAGAAGAGGAAGUUGCGGGAGAAGAGGCGCUCCACAGGGGUGGUGAACAUCCCAGCCACCGAGAGUUUAGAUGAAUAUGAUGAUGAUGAAGCCGGACAAAAGGAACGCAAAAGGGAAGAUGCAGUCACACAGCAGAAUACAAUACAGAAUGAAUCAGCGAGCACUGAUCCAAAUUCUUCAUUCAUAUUACAGGAAAACUCUAGGACUAUGUCAAACAGAUAUAAAAGCACAACAGAUGACGAUGUUUCUAGUAGAUACUCACGAGCAGCAGACAGGACAGGAUAUAACAGAUACAACAGGGAAGCAAAUUCUUCUGGGAAUAUCAUACCAAACAGUUCUUUGGAAAAGAAAAUUGAAGAACUUGAAAAGGAGCUUACAAAGGAGAGACAAGAAAACCUAAGGCUUGUAAGGAUAGCACAAGACAAAGAAGAGUUGAUUAGUAAACUGAAGGAAGAAAUUGAUUUAUUAAAUAGGGACCUUGAUGAUAUAGAAGAUGAAAAUGAGCAAUUGAAACAGGAAAAUAAGACACUCUUAAAAGUUGUUGGACAGCUGACAAGGUAGAGAAGAUGGAUCUGCAGAGAGGAACAAAAUAUGAAAACUACUGAUUGAAUGUUAAAGAUCAAGGCUAGAAUAUUUCCUGUGUUAAAUAUGUCAAAGCAAUUGUCUUCGUAUUUAUUGUUGUGGGUGGGGUGGGAAGGAUGAAUGUUUUACAUAAUGCUCUUUCUUCCUUAAGUAAAACCGUUUCAAUUUCUGUGACUACUCUUAAACUUUUUGUCCUCGAUACAUAAUUCAAAUGUUGACAUCUCUUAAAACAUCAGAAUCCUGAUAUGGAUGGGCCAUUAAAUAUACACGUACAUGGCCUAACUAACACCCUUUAAUAAAAGCUGAGCACCAAGAUUGUAUUUUGGUCUAAGAAGAGGUUUCAUUUUUCUCCUAAAUGAAAGGAAGUAAUAGGAGUAAACCUUGUUUACACGGAUUCAAAAUCUAUAUAUAUAUAUAGGGAGAUAUUUGCUGUUUGUUUAAACAAUUGUAAAGUACAGGUGCCUUACUACACUGCUGAUGUGAAACUGUUUUGUGUUCAGAUGGAUUACUUAAAUCUAUGAAGAAAUCUUGUAUUUUGUGAUUUUUUUACUAUAUCUGAAAUACUGACAAUAGUAGAUAGUAUUUUUUUUCUGUGUAGCUGCUCUUUGACAAGGAAAAACAUGUUUUAUAAAACUUAAAUAAAUCACUGAUCAUUAUCAACACUAGUGAAGUAGUUUUUAGGAAAAUGCCAAUGUUGCAUACCACAGUUAAUCACAAUGCUUACACUUCAAUAGUGAAAAUGAGUGCUUGUAUAAGGGAAAAUCCACAUAGGGAAGGUCUGUUUGCAGUGAAUGAAGACUGUGAGAGUGGCACUUUGUAGUUAGCACCUCACACCUCACACCUGCAUCGAUACUAUUAAAAUACAAUAAAGGAAGCCUAAUGCAUUCAUUUUUACAGUAGUAAAAUCUGAUAUGAUUCACAAAGGAUUUUAAAGCUGUGAUAAGAUUUUAACAAACUUAGUUUACAAGGGGAAUGAAGGGUCAUGAUUUUGAGGCCCUCUAAGAAUACUUUAGAGAAACAUAUAUUCCAGAAUAGCACUAAUAUUUGUGUAAAAUAAUGUUGCAUGGUCUGUUUUACACUAAUGUCAUCUAUCUGCAUCACUUCUGCAUUACAAACAGUGGAAUAGUCUGUAUAAACUACUGAAGUACAUUAUUCAUUUGGAGUUUAACUAAAUUCUGUUCAUUUGGAGAACUAUCCCAAAGUAAUUCCUUUCCUCAAACCCAAGCUUUUUCUGGUCAAAGCCAUUUUUCUGUAUUUAAGAUCACAAAAGUUAAAGACAUGCAUUGAAGGUUUUACUUAGCAUUCUGUGCUGCUAAUAGAAUCAUAUAUUCAUUGUAUCUAUGUUCACUGCAACAUAUCUAAUUUCAGUUUAGGCACAAUUUUUAAAAAGAUUUUGCAAAAUCCAGUUUUGAUUAUAAGUAAUCAGUGUAUUUUAUAACUGUGUUAUAUAUGUCAUACAUCCAUUACUCCUUGCCCUUUAGAGCAGACAAGAGUUGUGCAGCAUUGACCCACAUCCUCAGAGAUGAUACUCCCAAGGCAAGGCAGGAGGAUACACUGGAACUGAAUGAUGCACCCCAUUGUGGAGUAAUCUGAAAAGUAUUUCUGAUAUCUUGAAAAGACUAUUCUGUUCUUGAGACCAGGUUAAACAAAGAAGAGUGCAGGACAGAAAGAGAAUAUUAGUUGAACUAUCUAGUCAUUCACAGGGAGGAUGCUCCUCUUAUUAUUUUGCAUGAUCAAACAAAUAAGUGUAUAAAAGCAAAGUACACUUCUAAUUUUAAUCCAAAAUAAUAGUGGUUCUCAAAAUAAUGGUAUUAAUAGCUAAUAUAAUUAUAAAUAUUAUUAUAGAUUAGAUUGGAAAUACAUUUAUAAAAUUAAUGAAGUUGCAUGAAGGACUUUGCCCGAUUCUCCAGAAAUAUUGGAGUAUUUGAAAUAGAUCCUUAGCUCUAGUAUACUGCCUAUUGUUCAAAGCACAGAACAGUAAAAUAAGCCACAUAAAUUGUUCUGGUGAUGAUCUGCAUGACGACAUAUGCAUAAUAGCCUUUCGGAAUUUACAAUCUCUUCUUAAAUUCUUGGUGUGAAGGCAAAAUUACUCCUCAUCAGUAUAUUUCCGUGAAAACUUGACAGUCAUCUUCUGUCUUGCAGAAGUUCUUGAGGGCAAAAAAAGAAGGUAAUGGAAAAUGCAGGAAGGUGUUAAAUGUGGGAAUAAAACAGAGGACCAUUUUUUUAACAUAAAGAAGCAUACCUUAACAUUCUGACGUUGUCUUUGUACUAUAUAAAUCAUCUGUAAGAUUCUGUGAUUGUCACGUAUUUGUUUAGGAGAUAAAUAGUGCAUCCAAGAAGGGGUACUUGUAUUGUCCAAACAACAGUUUACAAUUGAUGAUAUAUGCAAAUAUUGAGUAACUGAUGUGCAGGUAUCCUAGAGGCAGCACUGGAUAAUUUGUUUAUCAAUGAGUACCCCAUUGGAAAUAUUGCCAGCACACAAUCAAAAGUUGUCUUUAAAACCACGAGAACUUUAUUAUUUAAAACUUUAAAUCAUCUUUUAUACUGAAAAUGGGCAAUAUGACAAGUCCUGUACUGUACUGUACAAGUGAGCCUUAGCAAUCAUACAUUUUUCAACCAUAUCCUUACCAAAAAAAAAGCUAUAGAAAGAAGACAGUGUGUAUUUGAAAAAUUGUGAUGCUUCAUUCUAAAAGCAGAACCACUCAUGAUACUCCACUGUCUUCCGAGUGUGGGGAAGGAAACUAACUUUUUUUCUUCCACUGAAGCAAUACAUUCUGAAGAAAAUAAUAUGAAAUAUUAAAUGCUGAUGAGCAGUUGGCAGCUCUGACUAUUUAAAUUGAGAAAAUAAAAUAAGUUGAAGGCCAACUCUGCUUUUUAAACUGUUUUUAUUGUAAGUCACCUGGUGCAAAUUGACUAGCUGGCACAAUCAUUAUAUAAGAAGACGUUUAUAUAGGACUCAAGCUUUAUUUUAAACUGUAUCAAGAUGUGUUUGGUUUAUUUGGUAUCACAGUAGUGUAAAAUACCCAUAAGAGAAGCAGAGGAAAGAGAGUGGAACAGAUUUCUUUGUAUUGGUAAAGAAAAGAGACGUAUGACAUCAUACAUAUAGGGGAAAGGAGGCACAUGAUCAAGACUUAUGUCAUCUUACAUAUAGGGGAAAGGAGGCACAUGAUCAAAGCAUCAAAUAUUAUUUUCAAUGAAACUGGUGUAACACAUUUUUAUGAAAAAUGGUGUGGUGUUGUAUGGUCUCAUAUGUUCUCUGUUCAUAAAGAACUAACUUCGUUUUAUUAGAAGUGUUUGAACUUUCAGCAGUGUUGGUCUGGCAGAUGAGAGGUGACUCAGUUCCAUUUCCAUUAGGCACUGAGACCGUCAUCCUAUCCCUCUGAAGUCCACUGCCAUUUCUUUGUGUGGACAGCAUCACUCCCAAAGUGCCUCUAGCAACUGUGUACACUGAGCUUCUAGUCAACUAUAUAAAAAUUCAUAGAAACCCAUUUGUGAGAUCAAAUGGUAAGAAAUGACAUUUCAUACCCAACUUCCUGAUUUCCUCCAAGGCACCUAUCUAGGUGCCAAUAACUAAUGAAUCUUUGCUGUGAUGCCGAAGUGUAGUACUUUGCCAGCAGCAACAUAGUGCAUAUAGGAAAACUGAAAUUUGCAAAUUUCUGUUGACCUUAGCAGGAAAGUUUCCAUGUUGAUUAUUUUCAGCCAAUGGGAUUUAUGUGUGUUUGUAUCUCACAGUAGUGUACAGUACAAAGCAAUGGAGUAUGCAGUAAUGAAAUUGCAACUAAAUACCAAGUCACAUGCCUUAGAAAAUAAUGUGGGAAUUUCAUAUCUCACUGAAACUGUCAUCCAUUAGUGUUUGUUUUAUGUUCUGUUUUUGUAAUUUUUUAAAUGUUUUCUGCAAUAUUGUAGCUACUGCACUUUUUAAAGUAUAUAAGGAGCUCUUUUGUAGGUGCGACCCAGAGUCAUAAAACUUGUACAGAUAAUUAAGAGUUGUUUCUAUGAACUAGUAGUUGAACAAUCACUGAAAAAUAAACACUACGUAGUGAUUUUAUUUUCUUAGCAAUAGCUAA